AUGGCACAGCGACAACCCAUAAGAUAUGAUGAUCCGGAGCCUCAGACACGACUCAAUGAAUAUUUUAUCGAUCAAGAUGGUAUCAGCCGUGAGGUUAUCCAAGCAGAUAUUUGCCGUUACCUUGGACGGGAUGCCCUCGUGAGGCCCGGAACUCACCAGGGACGUCCGGGAUACUUCAUCCGUGCCUACCGAAAUUUGACGACUGAAAUGAUUGCAGAUCUGAAAGCAGAUUCUAGGCGUUGGGAUGUCGAAGUCCGUAGCAGACAAGAAGGCGGACAGCCUAGAGGUACCUACUAUGAUACUUAUAAUACCCCAUCAGUGCCUAACAGGUCACCAGCAAAUUAUGACUCUUCCGCCCGACCUCGACCACCAGUAGCAUACCCGCCCUCGCGCCCACAGCAAUCACAGCAGCCGUCAUAUUCUACUUACCCACCUUCCCAAUCAUACCCUGCCCAUCAGUCACAGCCAAACUAUCAAGACUAUGGUAAUCAGCCUGGAUAUUCGCAAGAGGGUAGCUCUUACGUCCCCAGCGGUGGACCACCCUACUCAACACAGUCAACUCCACCUGUAACAACGGCUGAACAGUCAUAUAUCCAUAGUCAGGGUGCCUAUGCCUACCCUGGGGGAAUAUCCCAGCCUCGCUACUCUGGACAAGGAUAUGAGAAUGACCGUGAUUAUUCCCCUGUUGGCCAGUCUACAUCUCCAUACCCUCCAUCAACCGGACCAGACCCAAGAAUAAUGGAGACCGGAUAUCCAGUGGAAUCUGCCUACCAGGACCGCCAACCAGACCGAGGACAUCCUAGGAAUCCUGCCCCCCGUCACUAG